CUCCAGGGUGCCAAGGAGGGCAGGGCGGGCAGUCCCCUCACACUCCCGUCACCACCUGGAGGUACAGUACCUAGGAUGGAAGCUGGAGCCCUGGGCCGCUGUAGCACAGGGCCUCCAUCAGCCCCGCGACCACCUCCGCCCGCCUUGCACCCACAGGCCCGGUCGCAAGGGUGAACCCCACCUUCGGUCGCGCCGCAUCACCCUCCCACCACGGCCCAGAGUCACCACUUUUGAUUCCCAUCGUCACCGCCGCCGCCGCAGACUUCAACCUCGCCCGCAUCACCCCUCGAUCGACCGCCGUGGCCGUCUCCCCCCCACCAAUCUCUGGCCCCGAGCACCCCUUCGCAGCGCCUGCCGCCUGAGCGGAUUUUCCCUGAGCCGCUCCUCUUUCCCUCCCACGAGCCCGGCUUGGCUGCGCGGUCCAUUGGGCCUCUUCACCAUUACAGGCCGAAAUGGCUCUCCCUAAGCGCAUCGUGAAGGAGACGGAGCGCCUCAUGGCCGAGCCGGUCCCCGGAAUCAGCGCCGUCCCUCACGAAGAUAACCUCCGCUACUUUGAUGUCGAAAUUCACGGGCCCGCCCAGUCGCCCUACGAAGGCGGCAUCUUCAAGCUCGAGCUCUUCCUCCCCGAUGACUACCCCAUGACACCCCCCAAGAUCCGCUUCUUGACCAAGAUUUUCCACCCCAACGUGGACAAGCUAGGCCGCAUCUGCCUCGAUGUUCUGAAGAACAACUGGUCCCCCGCGCUGCAAAUCCGGACUAUCCUCCUGUCCAUCCAGGCUCUUCUCGGCGCCCCCAACCCUGACGACCCUCUCGCCGCCGACGUCGCCAAGAGUUGGAAGGAGGACGAGCAGGCGGCCAUCGCCACGGCAAAGGAGUGGACCAAGCAGUAUGCGCAGCCAUAGAAUGCUCGGCCCAGGUCAGAGAGAGAGAGAGGCAUGGCGACAGACGGCUAUAUGACGGCGUCGAGGCGACGAGGCAUGAGCAUUGCUGGAGGAGUUUGACGGCCCCUAUUUGUUUUCUUGUAUUCUGCUGCGCCGGUCUUGUUAUGUUUAGACAAUCGUAGCGUAAAAAACAGCCGAGGGUUAGCUUAGGCUGCCCUGCGCGCGUAUCGAUCACA